AUGACGAAUUUCAAUGUCCCUGGUGGAUUCCCCUCUCUCCAAUCCCAGGAGUUUACGCUAAAGACUCCUCCACGGUCCAGAAGCGAAAUAAAAACCUCUACUCCGUCAUCAACCGCUUUCCGGUUCACACCAACUAAUGGAAAAAGGCUAUAUCCAUCCAUUGUGGUUUCCCCAAAAGAUAGUUCUGACUGCGAUACAAGCUAUCAGGAUAAGGAGAACCCAUCCUUUACAAAAGAGAUGGAUUUUCUCCAGACUAAGUUGUUUUCGUCAAAGCUUACUUCGUCAGUUCUGAACGAGUUCAACGAUAGAUACCAAAAGGUGCGGUCGGAAAAUAUCAUCAACAUCCAAAAGUUGAACAGCACAAGUCCUAAGCCGAGAAGCCGACGACCAUCUACUCGAUUCAAUAGUGAGCACCGAGGACGAUUCAAUAGAAUGGAAUCUAUAUCUUCACAUUAUGCAGCCCGGCGUACAGGACGACAACCUGCCGAAGCGACACGGAAAAUAUUUGAGGGCCCAGAGCAAAUAACCAGAAAGACUCCAAAUGACAAGCGUUUGGGAGCACGGGAUCUGGGCAGUGCAUCAAAGAGAAUGAGAAUUGUUGACGGCUACAAGGAGAUCGUGGAGCCAGUUGAAAGUCCAACAAGGCCGCCAGAAGAGAAACAAAAGAUAAUGGAACAGCAGCUGGGAAAACAGCGGCAGGAAAAGCCACACUUGGGUCCGCUUCCCCGAUUGGAGUUUUCGCAGUCUCCUCGUGCAGCCGCAUCUGCCCGACAGUCGUCCAAAGUCCCAUCGUACUUGCAACCUACCAAUGCAUCUAUCCAGCGUUCAGAAAGCAAGCAGCAACUAAAGAGGAGCGAGACAGCAUCUUAUCUUCCAAGACUCUCUAGUAUUGUGCGAUCGAAAACUAUGCAGGAAAUUUCGCCAUCACGGAUGAACAGCAGUCAACCGAAUCCACACGUCGCCAUUCUCAAAGCACAGUCUGCACUAACGAGGUCCGCGUCGUCAAAUACCCUAAACAAAAAAUCGAGCAUCCCGCAACUCGUGAAACCAGCCAAGAAAGAUUAUCCCAGACCUUGGAGAAACUAA